UGUAAAAUACAGAGUAACUGAGAUUUUCUUCAACCUAUCUUCUUCAACCUAAUUUCAGUUUUCUGACGGAAAAUUUUUCAUACAAUCGGCAAGUUUGCUUGGGAAACGUGAAUAUUAGAUUGAAAUCUCGUUUCCCAUUCGUUUCCGGGAUGAAUUCAGUUUCAAACACGUCUCUAUUUUUCUGAAACGGUUUCGGCGCGCGUUUCCCGGUUUCCCCGUUCCAGGACGUUUCGGAAACGGUUGAAUCAAAUUUGCCUCAGAAAGGGUAGUAUUGUAUGAGAACCAUCACUCUAGGUGCACAGCUAAUUGUGAUAGGUUGAUGUGUUUUAGUGUGACAAUAUGGAUUCGACUUUUCUGAGGUCUAAAUUACAUCAUCCCCUACUCGGCAUGCUAUUUUUCACACAAGGUGUAUAUCAUAACUUAAUUGUGGACAAAAAGCAUGUCAACUUGUCCAGGGUUGUUAAGGUGAAUUGUAAUUCAGCGGUUCACCUCAGAAAACCUCCUAAAUAUCUACGCUAUCCACGCCGCACGAAGCUUCCUCCUGAUUUUGGGGUUGAUACAUUCAUAAAACCAAGGAACGAGGUCAAAGACCACUCUGAAAUGGAUGUGCAAAUUGACUGGAGUUCUGAUGAUCAAGUUACAAGAGUUGAUUUCAGUGAUGAUGAAACCGAAGCUGAAGAUGGGCAUGAUGUUUGGGAAGCUGAUGAAAUCGAGGCAAUAUCAUCUCUAUUUCAAGGAAGAAUACAUCAAAAACCUGGGAAGUUGAAUAGGGAAAGGCCACUUCCACUUCCUCUUCCACAUCAGAUUCGACCAUUAAAACUCCCGACGACAAAGAAGCAUGUUAGAAUUUCUUCACCUGCAGCACUCUCAAGAUUAUCACUAACCAAGCAAAUCUACAAGGACCCAGUUUUCUUACUCAAGUUGGCUAGAGAAAUUAGAAGCCUUCCUGCAGAGGAAAAUGUAUCACUUGUACUCAACAAAUGGGGUAGAUAUCUACGCAAGGGGUCCUUGUCUUUGACCAUCAAGGAACUGGGUCACAUGGGUCUUCCUGAUAGAGCAUUGUUGACAUUCUGUUGGGCGCAGAAACAAACCCACCUUUUCCCGGAUGAUCGCAUUCUGGCAACUACUGUGGAAAUUUUGGCUAGGACCCAUGACUUAAAAUUACCCUUCGACCUGGAGAAGUUCGUUAAUUUGUCUAGUCGGGGUGUUCUAGAGGCAAUUGCUAGGGGUUUUAUUAAAGGAGGAAGCUUGAAUCUAGCGUUGAAGUUUCUAUCUGCAGCUAGGCGUGGUAAACGGUUGUUGGACUCCAGCAUCUAUGUCAAGUUAUUAUUAGAGUUGGGGAAAAAUCCUGAUAAAGAGGAAUUUGUUUUACCCUUACUGGAAGAGCUUGGGGAGCGAGACAGUCUGAACGUAAGCUUGCAGGAUUGCACUGCCAUAAUGAAAGUUUGUGUUAGGCUUGGGAACUUUGAUUUCGUGGAGUCCUUGUUUGACUGGUUUCAACAGAAUAGAAAUCAGCCAAGUGUUGUUAUGUAUACUACUGUGAUUUAUAGUCGCUUAUCGGAUAACAAGUAUAGGGAGGCGUUGGCUUUGGUUUGGGAAAUGGAACGCUUAAAUUAUGUCCUAGACAUGCCAGCAUAUAGGGUGGUGAUUAAGCUAUUUGUUGCUCUCAAUGACCUCCCGAGGGCAGUGCGAUAUUUUUCAAAGAUUAAGGAGGCAGGUUUUUCUCCAACAUAUGAUAUUUACAGGGACAUGAUCAGUAUAUAUCUGCUUUCUGAAAGGUUGGCUAAGUGCAAGGAAGUGUGCAAGGAGGUAGAGUUGGCAGGAUACAAAUUGGAUGCUAACUUGAAGUCCUAUUUGCUGCAACGGGAGAGAUAAAACUUGUCAGGAGAUGUAUUUGGAGUCUACUCCACUGCUCAAAGGAUGAAUCUUGGCUCAGAGAUAAGCCUCCAACAUUCUCUGAGGUGAAGGACACAGUAGCUAAUUCGCAAAAUGGCCACACGGAUAGAAAGCUUACUGAGAUUCUGAGAUUCGAGAGAGAGCAAGAAAUGUUGAAGAUGUGAUUGAUAUGUUUGUCUAAUGUUUGUUCAGUUGAUAAUUCUGAGACUCUGAGAGGUCAGAAUAGAAGCUAUCGACAGAUCGUCUAGGACGUAGUUGUCGAACUGGAAGUACAAGGGCAAUGGAGUUAUUGGUGCUUGUGUUAUUGUUUAUUGUAGUAUAUUAGGUUAGGUUAAUGUUUAGUGAUGUAGAUUCUUGAAGGUGUAAUUUGCAAAGUAGGACCUCAAAAUUACAAUGUAAAACUUUGAUUUGCGAUGUAAGACUUCAAUUUUGGAAUGAAAAUUUGAUUUUGGAA